CCAUCAUAUCAGUGUGUCUGGCUGACGAGAAAAAUCUGAGAAGACGCGAGAAAAUGAGCGGAGCCGGGAAGAAAAUUGUGGAUGUCGCCUUCAAGGCCUCGAGGACCAUCGAUUGGGAUGGAAUGGCGAAGCUUCUAGUCUCCGAUGAGGCUCGCAAAGAGUUCUCCAACCUCCGUCGUGCUUUCGACGAGGUUAACUCCCAGCUCCAGACCAAGUUCAGUCAGGAACCUGAACCUAUUGACUGGGAUUUCUAUAGAAAAGGAAUUGGAUCUCGCAUAGUAGCCAUGUACAAGGAAGCUUAUGAAAGCAUCGAGAUCCCCAAGUACGUGGACACUGUAACUCCAGAAUACAAGCCAAAGUUUGAUGCUUUGUUGGUGGAACUGAAAGAAGCAGAGCAGAAAUCCCUCAAGGAGUCUGAAAGGCUGGAGAAAGAAAUAGCCGACGUCCAAGAGUUGAAGCAAAAGCUCAGCACCAUGACUGCGGACGAAUACUUUGCGAAGCAUCCGGAACUCAAGAAGAAGUUUGACGAUGAAAUCCGCAACGAUUACUGGGGAUACUGAUCAUAUAUCUCCAGUUCGAGGUUCCUUUAAUCUCCUCCAAAGACUCCUGCAUCAAGAAUUCGUUUCUCUUUAUUUCUGAUUCCGCGGCUCUACCGUAAUAAGAAUCAUCAUCAAUAACCGAGUGAAUGCGUCAGACACUGGAUUGAGAGCGCCGAUGUGAGGGCUUGACAGUUUCAUUUGGGUAUAUGCACUUUUCUUGCCCCAAAUUGUUCCAAUCAACAAAUUUUCUCAAAUCCUUUCUUUCUGCAUGAUUUCAAAGGAUCUCAUCAAAGAA